UUAUGGGCUAUCAAAGUCAUGGCAGAGUCAUCGGCUCCCAUCUCAAGCCGGUCUCUUCCUCCGGGUUUCAUUCUUAGUACUGCCACGUCUGCAUACCAGAUUGAGGGAGCCUGGAACGAAGAUGGUAAGGGUGAGAAUAUUUGGGACCGCUUCACCCACACUCGGCCACAACAGAUAGAGGAUGGAUCUAACGGUGACGUGGCGUGCGACUCUUACCACAAGUACAAGGAAGAUGUGAGGAUCAUCAAGGAGACUGGUUUCGAAAUGUACAGAUUCUCAAUCUCGUGGAGUCGAGUGCUCCCCACAGGGUACGUGGAUACAAUCAACAAGCCUGGGGUUGACUAUUACCAUCGUCUGAUAGACGAGUUGCUGGCCAACGGGAUUCAGCCGAUGGUGACACUGUACCAUUGGGAUCUACCUCAACCCCUACAGGAAAUAGGAGGUUGGACAAACAGUGCCAUGGCAGACUACUUCGCUGAUUACGCUAACAUUAUAUUUAGAGAAUAUGGUGAAAAGGUGAAGUGGUGGAUUACAAUAAACGAAAUGGAUCUGAUCGUACGCGGUUAUGGAGAGUCAGACUCGCUUGCACCAGGUCUACCAAUGAAUGAAGUUACGGUGUACCAGGCGGCGUAUAACUUGGUGCGGGCCCACGCCAAGGCGUAUCGCCUCUACGAAGCUACCUACAAACCCUCACAGAAAGGGAAAGUGGGUAUGUCAACGUCUGCUCAGUACUCUACACCUUUAGACCCCUAUUCCGCUGAGGAUAAAGCCGCGGCAAACAGACAAACUGAGUUUGAGGUUGGGCUGUUCGCUAAUCCAGUGUUCUCGAAGGAAGGGAACUACCCCAAGGUCGUGCAGGAGCGAGUCAACCGCAACAGCAAGCUCGAGGGGAGAGCCACUUCGAGGCUACCCCCUUUCACCCCGGAGGAGAUACAGUAUAUAAGAGAGAGUGGACUCACUGAAAUGGAGUCUCUAACACACGAAAAGAAAAGCAAUCCCAGCAGACCAUGUUGUAGUAAUCCAGUUCUCUGGAGCGGCAUCGUGGUAGUCCUGUUGGUCGUUGUAGCGGUUGCAGUAUUUUACAUCACGAAAGUAGAGUUCUUGUCAGAAAGUACCACCUCUUCAGCUGAUAUGAUCUUAAGGACUUUUCCCCCGGGAUUCCAGUUCGGCUGUGCCACAUCUGCUUAUCAAAUUGAAGGCGCAUGGAAUGAGGAUGGCAAAGGAGAAAAUAUAUGGGACAGGUUUACUCAUACUAAACCUGACAGGAUCAGGGAUAAGCUAAGUGGAGACAUUGCUUGUGACUCCUACCACCAAUACAAGGAAGACGUGAGAAUGGUCAAAGAAAUGGGGUUUGAUUUCUACCGCUUCUCCUUGUCAUGGAGCCGUAUACUUCCUACUGGAUACAAUAGCAGCAUCAAUGCCAAGGGUAUAGAGUACUACCACAACUUGAUAGAUGAGCUUAUAGCAAACGGUAUAAACCCCAUGGUGACUAUAUUUCACUGGGACCUGCCCCAAGCUCUACAGGACAUCGGGGGAUGGACUAACGACACUAUGCCGGACUACUUCAGAGACUACGCCGAUAUCGUGUUCCGGGAAUAUGGAGAUAAGGUGAAGUGGUGGAUUACCAUAAACGAGAUGGUAAACAUACUCUCCGGCUAUGACGGAUCAGUCCUGCUUGCUCCUGGGGUGGGUAUUGCGGGAGUCACCCCCUACUUAGUUGCACAUAACCUCCUGCGGGCACACGCCAAGGCCUACCGCCUGUAUGAGACCACCUACAAGUCGAUCCAAAAAGGAAAGGUCGGCGUAUCCAACUACGCAGAACACAUGAUGCCUUUGGACUUGUCUUCCACCGAGGACUCAGCCGCAGCUAACAGAGCAACCCAGUUUCAGCUAGGAAUUUUUGCGCACCCUAUAUUUUCAAGUGAUGGAGAUUACCCAGCGGUCGUGAGAGAGUUAGUUGACAAGAACAGUAACUUGGAAAAUCGAAAUUCCUCAAGACUCCCGUCUUUUACCGCCCAAGAAAUAGAAGAGCUAAAAGGAAGUUCCGACUUCUUUGGGUUGAAUCAUUACUUCACUCGGUCUGCAACAAACGGUUCUCAGGGCAAGGAUCCUUCGCGACAGCUGGACUCGGGAUCUGUUGUUGGCCAUCUCUCGGUAUACGCACCAGGCUUCAGGAGUUUGUUAAACUGGGUGAAAGAGGAAUACAACAAUCCCCAAAUUUUCGUCACUGAAAACGGCUUGAUUGAUGACAGCGAGUUUGAGGACACUAGAAGGAUCCAGUACUACCAUGACUAUAUGCAGGCUUUGCUCGAGGCCAUUUAUGAGGACGGUUGCAAUGUUAUCGGUUACACAGCAUGGUCUCUGAUGGACAACUUUGAGUGGUUCAGUGGAUACACAAUUAAAUAUGGACUUUGGCACGUUGAUUUCAACGACACCGCCAGGACAAGGAAGAAGAAGCGCUCUGCUGACUUCAUGAAAGAUUUGAUGGCCUCUAGAGAAUUGCCUCAAUUACCGUUUACCCAAUAGCAUUUUGUAAUAUUAUUAAAUAAUGGUGUUGUUUA